AUGGCGGCCCUUAAACUUUUUUCGCUCGCCUCUGCGUCUGCGUUCUUGAUGGCGAACGCUGUCCAUCAAACGGCAAAGCAAACUUCAUUGACAGCGCAGGGAUCAUCCCCAACCUACACUGUAGAUCUCGAGGAUGCUAAUGUGUGCCUCGAAGAAAUCAACACUGCACGCCAAGCCGCUGGACUCGAACGCUUCAAAGAGCCCAGCGGAGACCUAACGUGGCCUCAAACUAGCGUGGCGAAAGUGGAACAGCCAAGUACCGCCUGGAAUCCUGUUUGUGAAGCUCUGAUAGCAGAAGACGCAGAAGAAGAGGCAAGUAACACAGAUGGAAACGAGUUUACAAGUGGCACGUACGCCUUCAUGGCCUUGGAAUCGGAGACGCCCGACUGCGCCGCCGCCGUGAGCCACUGGAAGGACGCCGUCAACAACUUCACUGCAAUCCCUCCGGCGAAGAAUAACGAAACGAAACUCUACGAGAAACAGCAGAACGUUUCCCUUAUCGCUCUGUACAACCCUUCCGACGAUGCCGCUGCUGACUGCCGGGUUGUGACCUGCACACUACCAACAGGUUCCCAACCGUCAACGUCCAACAUGCGGAGUGCUGAGAAAGAGAAGAAAGGCUACGCUCUACUGUGCAUGACCACACCUGAUGCACUUAAAGGCGAGGAUGCUCCCUUCGACGAAGAGCAGUGGAAGAAGAUCAAGGCAUCAAUCACAGGUUCAGCCUCUGCUGUUGCCCCGAGUCUGCUUGCCGUCGCUAUUGCGGCCGUUGGCUUGGUUGCCCUUUGA